AUGCGGAGUUGGUCCGAGCCCGACGACGACGGCUCGGACCUUGCGUCGAGCGAUGGCAGUGCUUCUGAUGUGGACACCAGCGAUGAUGAGGACUUCUCCGGCGUGCCGUUGGUGGCCAUCUCCUUCAACAUCACCAAAGGAAUCGUGGGCAUUGGCAUUCUGAGCCUCCCUGCGGGUGUGGCGGAGGGCACCGGGCUGAUUCCGGCCAUGAUCAUUUUGGUCCUCAUGUACCUAGCGACCUGGAGCAAUGCUUCCGGUGCCAUGAAACACCGAGAGACGAAAUGCUUCGCCGGACGGGUUUGGCAGAUGAGACCGUCAUGGGGCAUCCUCCCGGUGCUUCGGAGGCCCUUUUCGCCGUGGAUUUCAGCUGUUCAACCUGAGGCGAUGCUCUACACCUUCUGGUCCUUGGGUCGCUGCUGCGAGGCUACUCAUUGCAAAACCCACGGAGGCAUUGCCUUUGCCCUUCGCAAGAGCCAUGUCUUCGGCAGCAUCAUGGAGAUCACCAACAUCACUGGCACGAUCUUUGGCUGUGCGGGCUAUGCCAUCGUCAUCGGCAAGAGCAGUCAGGGCUUGUGGCAGUCUAUCGGUGUGGAGGAUGGCUGGUAUGCCAGCGCGCGGGGCAGCUUCGUGAUUAUCCUGUGCUUCAUCUUGCUGCCCUUAUGUUUGCUCCGCGAUUUGUCCAAGCUGGCCUUCACCAGCUUCAUCGGUGUGGCGUGUGAGCUCUUCGUGGUGUUCUUCAUGGUGUGCCGCUACUUCGGCGGAGACUACCACCCGGGAGGUCAAUUCUACGACCCCAAGAAUUCUGCGAGCAGCACAGGAAUCGAACUCUUCACGAUCGACAGUUCAGUCUUCUUCCUGGUGGGGAGCUGCGUCAACGCCUUCGUGGCACAUUGGAACUCGCCAAAGUUUUAUCAUCAGCUGAGGAACCGUGGCACUCGACGAUUCCUCAUAGCGGUGUCCUUGGGCUUCAGUAUGGCCUUGGUGCUCUACCUGGUUUGCAUGGCUGUGGGGUAUCUCACGUUCGGGGCCCAUUGCCACGGCGACAUCUUGCACAACUACUCUGCCCAUGAUGAUUUGGCCUCAAUCUCCAGAGUGGCCAUGCUCUUCGCAACGAUCUUCGGCUUCCCCAUCAAUUUCACAGGUUUACGCACGGCCUCCUUGACCCUCCUGGGCUUCAGCUCUCGACGCCGCGUUUGGGUCUCGGUGAACCUCGUGCUGCUGACGAUUAUAGGCAUUCUGGGCUGCACCUUCACUGACCUUGGACUCCUGUCUGCCUUGGUGGGUGGUUCAGUUGGUGCUUUGGUGACCCUCGUUUACCCAGGGCUGAUGAUGAUGUGGACCUACAGCAACAGAAAGGACCCCUACAUCAAGGGGGUCUUCCGAGCCAUCGAAGGCAGACCUUUGGCAUGUGCCCUCAUUGCUUUCGGCUGUGCGAUGGCCGUGGUUGGCACAUAUCAAGUCAUCCGCAAGCGUCUCACCACCUCCCACAGCAGUGAAUGA